UAUUUACCUCGUUGUAAUCGGUGUUCUUGUUUUCACAGCCCUUCCUGCCUCCGACAGUGAGCGGAGUGAAGCAGCAUGUUAAUAGCACAGGCGGCUUCCCAUCUGCUGAGGGCUUCCCGGCUUGCAGGCCACCGUUUGCCCAGGUCAGUGUCUUCCUUUCUUUGCUAUCAUUCUACACCUGCACGCUAUUGCACGCAGCCCUCGAGCAAGAGCGGAGCCCAAGCUCAGCAAUCCCAUGACCCUGAACUGGAAGAGAUUCUGAUCCCCAGAAAACUCUCCAUCAGCCCUUUGGAGAGCUGGCUCACAGUUAGGUACUUCCUUCCGAAAGCAGAAGGCCUCAAUGCUCAGGAGGAUGCUGGCCGGGAACCCCUCCAGCAAUAUGACUGUCCCCCAGCUGAUGAGGGAGGUGAUGUGGAGGAAGGAGAAGGAACACCUAACAACAAGGUUCAGUGUAAGAACGUGUUGGAGAUUCGCAGGAGGAAAAUGAAUAAGCACAAGUACAAAAAGCUGCUGAAGAGAAGGAAGUUCAUACGGAGGAGGAUAAAGGAAGGUCGCAAGAAGAAACGGCAGGUCAAGUUUGAGAAAGAUUUGGAGCGCAUCUGGAAACGAGCUGGCUUGAAAAAACCCCCUGAAGGAUGGCAAACACCCAAGAUAUUCCUGAAAAGCUCAAAGCAAUAAACGCAUCUGUAAUGAGUGUUCACCUGUAAUUGUAAUUAAAAAAGGGAUAUUUAAGUA